UUAUCUAAACUACAGGGCAAAACGAUUAUGCUAAUAUCAGGUUGUAGUCAUCAAUCAUCUAGUGUCAAUGUGGUGUCAAGGCAUUACGUUCCUGAUCCCCCUCUGGCCAUAGCACAUUGUGUGCGCGUGUGUGUGGGUGCAUUUGUGCAUAUGCAUGUAUAUGCAGCUGUAUGUCUGUGUCUUUAGAGGAGAGAAUUGAUCACACUCUCAUUACGCCUGGGGACUGUUGGGGGUUUGCACGCACGUGGAGCUGUUCUCCUGGAUUAACUGAUAGAAAACCGGGAGGGAAUUAAUUAGGUGAGUUUCUUCAUCUCGAUAUGAAAACCGGGCUACACACACACACACAAACUCAAGUGUCCGAGCUGACGUCAGAGAGACGCGCCUUAAAACCAAAGAGCGCAUCACAGGGAGAUGCAAGGUUUGAUCACAGACACACACACUCUCGCUUUGGAUUGUAAGAUAGCACCGUGAAAGCUGCAGCAGACAUCUGAAUGAGGAGGAACUACAGGGGAAGUUACUUUCAAGACUGUUUUCGUCGUGCGUAAAAUGAAAGCGGUGCGUAAAAUUCUGCGUGCCCUUAUUUGGAUAAGGUGGUAGAGGAUUUUUAAAACGUGAAAAGCUGACCGGCAGACUAACUCUAAACUAGUGUCAGAGGCAAAGGUCUUCCAUUGGCGAGGAUACUGUUGGAUGUCUCCCCUGGUCCGCGCUCCUGCUUCUUAUUUGAGCCAUGGCUUACUCUCCGCUGGGAUAUUCCUACUCCACCACACCGCAGUUCCUGAUGACAUCCAGCUCUCUGGCCGGUUGCCUGGACCCGGGAACGCCUCCGUCACACUCGGUGCUGCGCUCCCCGAGCCACCAGCUCGCCUCUGGCACCGGCAUUGGAGUCUACAGCGGCCCUUAUCCCAAGAGCCAAAGUCACUAUAACAGCUGUACCAGCGACGCCACAGCUCUCUAUUCCAGAGGGCCACUAGAUCCCAAAGAAGGAGCUGCAUCUGUGCAUGUGGGGACAUCUCAGACUUCUGCUUACUAUCCCUAUGAAUAUACAUUUGGACAGUAUUCCUACGAAAGAUAUGGGUAUUCCUGCUCAGAUGGCGCUUCCCGUCGUAAAAAUGCCACCCGAGAGACAACCAGCACCCUGAAGGCUUGGCUGCAGGAACACCAGAAAAACCCCUACCCCACAAAAGGAGAGAAGAUAAUGCUUGCUAUCAUUACCAGGAUGACCCUUACCCAGGUAUCCACUUGGUUUGCAAAUGCACGCAGGAGGCUGAAGAAAGAGAACAAGGUGACGUGGUCACCACGGGCUUGUAAAAGUUCUGAUGACCGAGGUUGUGAUGAUGACAGUGAUGAAGCAGAGAAGCCACUUAAAAAUGAUAAAGACCUUCCUGAUCAACAGUGUGCAGACCUGCAGAGUGAUCUUGAGGAUUUCGACCUGCUUGAGUCAGAUGGUUCUGACUGUGAACCAAAGCCACGGUUUCUUUUGGAGGACAAUGGCACAAACAAAAACACAGACCUCCCACAGCGGCAUCUCACAGACCCACUGCAUGCAGAAGAGAGAUUGUCCCCAAACUGCCCAAAACUCACACCAGUCCAACAGCAAAACAGCGCCUUCCAUCCUAAUCCAGACCUUCGACGUACAGACACCAAACCAAAAAUUUGGUCCAUUGCUCACACUGCUGUGUCUUUGGAUGCCAGCUUGCAGCCUGAAUACCCUCCCUGCAUGCUGUCAGCUACAGGUUCAUCCUCCCCCGGGUAUCCAUCAAAUAUGGCGCUAACCAAGGCAGACAGGCAACAAGAAUCACCAGUCGCCACACUCAGAGAAUGGGUGGACGGAGUUUUUCAUGGUCCUCCUUUCCAACAACUCAAACCAGCUGAGGUGUGGAAAGGUUUAAAUGAUGCCAUGAUAGACAGCAGAACACCUGGACAAUCCUAUGAACUUGUUAGGUCUACGUCAUCUUUGUAGUCCAACCAACACAUCAUCAACAGAAUAUUUCAAAGACUGCUGGACUUAAAACAAAAAGUCUAUAUUUUGUUGUUGUGACUUGACCAAUUGACCACUUGCACCAGCCCCCUUGGUUACUGUUGCAUCACUUGCAAGCUCUCCAUUCUCACACAGCACAAUUGAUUACAGUGACAGAUUUA